GUUCUGUAGUCGCGGGGGCCAAGGGACUGGAAUCAAACCUGGGUGUCGCCUUGUUGAAGGGACCAGGGGCAACGGUCCUACCAGAGGCCAGGGCCUAGUACCUCGGGAGAGUUCGGACUGCUGUGAGAAGGCCUGCCGCCUUUGCUUCCUCUUGGCUCUCCAGUUCGAUGGUGGUGAAGUUGGCCGCGCCUGGGGCACAAGGCACCAGACUGCUUCCCCAGCACGCAGCUCCUCUCUGGCCCUGCUCCAACAGCUGCAACGCCGACCGCCUCCUCGCGCCCGCGGAUCCCAUCCUCGGCGGCGGGGGAGGGGAAAAGUUUUCACCGCUGCAGGGGUUGCAAGGUGCGGGGCGACAGCAGAACCUUAGGAGAGUAGGGGUUUGCCUUCUAUUCAUGUGACUCUAUUGGAAACACCUUUCCACAAAGAUAUGGACUCUUUUUGACAUUUCUGCCUUAGCAACAGUGGAUAAAAGCCAUUUUGUGGUGGAUAAACAACACUAGGAAGAACUACAGAUGUGGACUAAAGGCAUCCAAGGAAUUAAGCUUGCUGAAGAUGUAUAAUAGACAUUGAAAAUGACUGAUAUGUUAAGAGGAUCUUGCUCUCUUGCCCAGGGAGAGGGAUAUCUCUCCCAGGGCUCAAAGGAACCCCCUGCCUCAGCCUCCUAAGUUAAUGGAACUAAAGAGACUGGUAACAUCUGAACAUAUAAAUCCAAGAGGACAAACUCUUGUACCACUGCUACCACAACAUUUUACUACAGAGGAAUGUCACUGUACAUGGAUUCCAAGCAGGCUAAAAAGAAAAAUACCUGAUUAGGUCUCAGAGUACACACUGAACGGGAUGACGGCCACAGCUGCAGUGGAAACACCAAAAAUGGAGAAAAGUGCCUCCAAGGAAGAGAAGCAGCAGCCAAAACAGGACAGUGCAGACCACGGAAAUGUUGAGUCUGAAGAAUGGAUGAGCUCUGAGAGCGACCCUGAACAGACAAGCCUUAAGAGUGGCAACAACAACUGUCAAACAGGAAAUGCUUCGUUGAAGAAAAAGGAGAUCCCUUCCAAGCCACAUCGCCAGCUCUGUAGGUCACCCUGCCUGGAUCGUCCAAGCUUCUCCCAGAGCAGCAUUUUACAGGAUGGGAAGUUAGACUUGGAGAAGGAAUAUCAGGCCAAGAUGGACUUUGCUCUAAAGCUGGGCUAUGCUGAACAACAGAUUCAAUCAGUGCUUAAUAAACUAGGCCCAGAAUCACUUAUUAAUGAUGUAUUGGCUGAACUUGUCAGACUUGGAAACAAAGGUGACUCAGAAGGGCAAGUCAGCUUGAAUCUGUUAGUGCCCCGUGGGGCUAGCUCCAGAGAGAUCGCAAGCCCUGAAUUGUCUCUUGAAGAUGAAAUAGACAAUAGUGAUAAUUUAAGACCAGUUGUUAUUGAUGGAAGUAAUGUGGCAAUGAGCCAUGGGAACAAAGAAGAAUUCUCUUGCCGGGGAAUACAACUUGCUGUAGAUUGGUUUUUAGACAAAGGCCAUAAAGAUAUCACUGUAUUUGUACCUGCAUGGAGAAAGGAGCAAUCCCGCCCUGAUGCACCAAUUACAGAUCAAGAUAUUCUACGUAAACUGGAGAAGGAAAAAAUCCUUGUCUUCACACCAUCCCGAAGGGUCCAAGGCAGAAGGGUGGUCUGCUAUGAUGACCGAUUCAUAGUCAAAUUGGCUUUUGAUUCUGAUGGCAUCAUUGUGUCCAAUGAUAACUACCGAGACCUUCAAGUUGAAAAGCCAGAAUGGAAGAAGUUUAUAGAGGAGCGGUUGCUGAUGUAUUCUUUUGUGAAUGAUAAAUUUAUGCCUCCAGAUGAUCCUUUAGGACGCCAUGGUCCAAGCCUUGAGAAUUUCUUAAGAAAGAGACCUGUUGUUCCUGAGCAUAAGAAACAACCAUGUCCUUAUGGCAAAAAAUGCACCUACGGCCACAAGUGCAAAUACUAUCAUCCGGAGCGGGCCAACCAACCCCAGCGUUCGGUGGCUGAUGAGCUCCGCAUCAGUGCCAAACUGUCCACAGUGAAAAUAAUGAGCGAAGACACCCUGGCCAAGUGUGGCACAGGGAUGUCUAGUGCCAAAGGUGAGAUAACCUCAGAGGUCAAACGUGUGGCCCCCAAGCGCCAAUCAGAUCCCAGCAUCCGGUCUGUAGCUGUGGAGCCCGAGGAGUGGCUGUCCAUUUCUCGUAAGCCUGAGGCCAGUUCUGUCCCCUCGCUUGUAACUGCUUUAAGUGUCCCCACAAUCCCACCCCCCAAAAGCCAUGCAGUGGGUGCACUUAACACCCGUUCGGCCAGCAGCCCAGUGCCAGGAUCCUCACAUUUCCCCCAUCAAAAGGCUUCCUUGGAGCACAUGGUCAGCAUGCAAUACCCCCCUAUCCUGGUUACCAACAGCCAUGGGACCCCUAUUAGCUAUGCUGAGCAAUAUCCAAAGUUUGAUUCCAUGGGGGACCAUGGCUACUAUUCAAUGUUAAGCGACUUCUCUAAACUGAGCAUCAACACCAUGCACAAUCGAGAGUACUACGUGGCAGAAGCAAACCAGGGGGUAUACGUGCGAAAUCCUAGCCUCUGUACUGACAGUCACAUGAGCCACACCAGGAAUGACAACUAUUCCUCUUACAACAACUUGUACUUGGCUGUAGCUGAUGCCCAUCCUGAAGGCACUUUGAAGCUGCACCGCUCAGCUUCUCAGAACCAUCUUCAGCCUUUCUCUCAUGGUUACCAUGAAGCCUUAACGAGAGUGCAAAGCUAUGGUUCAGAAGAUUCCAAGCAAGCCCCCCACAAGCAGUCAGUCCCCCACUUAGCUCUGCAUGCCCAGCACCCAGCAACUGGAGCACACUCCAGCUGUCCUGGAGACUACACUAUGCCUCCUAAUAUCCACCCUGGGGGAACCUCCCAGCCAGGCCGUGCUCUGGUGAUGACACGAAUGGACAGCAUUUCCGACUCCCGCCUAUAUGACAGUAACCCGGUGAGGCAAAGGCGGCCUCCUCUGUGCCGGGAACAGCAUGCUAGCUGGGAUCCAUUGCCCUGUGCAGCAGACUCCUAUGGAUACCACUCCUAUCCCUUAGGUAACAGCCUCAUGCAACCAUGUUAUGAGCCGGUCAUGGUACGGAGCAUGCCUGAAAAGAUGGAGCAGCUUUGGAGGAAUCCUUGGGUUGGAAUGUGCAAUGAUUCCAGGGAGCAUAUAAUACCAGAGCACCAAUAUCAGACCUACAAGAACCUCUGCAACAUUUUCCCUUCUAACAUUGUUCUUGCAGUGAUGGAGAAGAAUCCCCAUACAGCAGAUGCCCAGCAACUGGCAGCCUUGAUUGUGGCCAAGCUUAGGGCUGCACGUUGACAUGACACAAGACAUACUCUUUACAUAAAUAUCAAUAUUAGCACUAAUAAUACACAGAUACUAUGAUUACAGUAAUUAAUACUUUGUGUUGUGCUUUCAAAGUUGCAGAGUGUUUACAUCAUUUAAGUGCAUAACAACUCUGUGAAGUAUAUCUUAGUUAUAUCUUAUUUUAUAGAUAAGGAAGCUAAAGCCUGGUGAGAUUAACUGAUCUGCCAAGGUCACACUGCUGGCAAAUGACCAAGUCAAGACAAACACUCAAGUUCUCUGACCCCAAGUCUCAUGCCCCUUUUCACUGCACCAUGCAGGUAAUGGAGGACAAAACCCAGGAGGGGAGGCCUAAACUCAAGAAACCCCAAGGGUUUUACUACCAGUGUUUUCUUAAUCACACAUUCUUUAUUAUAAAGUAUGAAUCAUCUAUCCCAUCUAUCCAAUUGACAGAGCAAACACAUCAGGGUAAGAUUAUAUCAUGAUUUAACCUUUUAGGGUUUUUAAUAGGAACCUUAAAAACUAUUUAAAAGUAAACACAGACUUUAUCGCAUGAAGAUCUGAUCACUCAACAUCUUUAACAAAGUUAUAGGUCAUAUUGAAGCUUCUAGAAACAGAUCUAAAUCCUCUUCUUAACAAUUCUAUCGCAUGUAUGAAUUUAUAUAUUUGGUUUGUGAUGUGUUUGUAUCUCUGGUAUAACCUUUUCUAUGGUGAUAAUGAGAAGGUAAGCUCUAUACUGUCCCUAGUUUACACCUGUAUAGAUCACAAAUAACUUGACAAUUUUGUCAAAUUUUGUAGUUUCAACUAGAUUUGAAAGUGAAAUUACAUGCCACUAUUUAAACUUUGCUUUCUUAUGCACCAGAGCAAAGCAACUCUAGAUUUCUUUUGCAUAUUUUACUUGACAACAUGUAUUAACAGUUCUUAGCUUUCAAAUCUAUUCACCUUAGCAAAUUAGGGGUCAGGUUGAAGGCUUCUACAGAGGAGCUGCUCGAUUAGCUCAAGUACCACAUAUAGUAUGUGUAUGAUACAUAAGUGCUGAUGAAUCUGAAUGACCAAGGGACUUACUACCAGAGUCCACUCCACUUAUCCCAGGAGAGAUGGCGUUAAGUGACGAAUAAAAAACAUUCAUACAAUAUGGGACCAAAGGUUGCUUCUUGGACAUCUGAUCAAUGCAGUAUUCAAUAUUAUAGGAUGUAAUAUAGUGAAAGAGAAUUCAUAGCCAUGUGAUCCACCUUCUCCUGCUGUCCACCAUUUGGGCAAUAAGCUCAGUCACUGGUAGAGUAGAAUUUCAUUAGGACAAAACUAGGGGAUUUUCUAGGUGGAAAAGGGCAGCUUCCAAAAGGGAAGUACUCUGUUAUGCACUUCAAAACCACACCUAGAGAGUACGCUUGGUGUUAAACAAUUCUGAGGUGCAUUGUUAAAGAAGGCAUAACUUUGGGUCAGUAGCACCAUUUGCACAAUUUGUAUAUUGCUCAGGGUGGAAUCCUUUGUAGCUGCAUGCCUCUAGAAGAGGUGUUUUAUUGGGUUUUUUUUUUUAAGCUGCACUAAAUGAGCCCCCCUUCUGAAUCCAUUGUAUAGUUCAGCAUUUUGAACCAUGACCAGCUCAGUUUCUGAAGCUGGAACUUACUAACUUCUAGAGUCCUUUUUCAUGAGAGUUGAGAAGGCCUGGCCUUGGCCUUUUGUUUCUUCAUGAGAAGGUGUAAUACUGCCUAUGUUUCUUACUGUGAAACAAUCUGAAUGUGAGGCUGUAGUCAGGGUUGUUUCUGGUGGUUUGAUAAUGGCUUGCAUGCUGCUUUUCAGCUUUCUGUCUCUGUCAAAGUUGAUUACAUCCUAACCAAUGUUUACCAAGAUACAAUUUCACACUUAUCUCCUACCCUCUAAUCUUCCCAUCUUCUGGUAUAUUGAUAAAGUAUAAAAAUGUUUUCUAUCAGGUCCAUAUAGAGUGACAAUUCCCACUGCAGUGCUUGCUACUUCACACAAGCAUCACUUACUACCUUUAACUUCUUGGACCUUCGAAAUCUGCCCCUUGUCUAAAUCAGGGUAUUUGACAAUCUCAGAUUACUCUAAUGCCUUCAUGCCAGUUAGCUGAUCUUCUGACCAAAAUCAAUGACAGUGUAGUAUCCACUAGCUUUGCAAUUUACAGGGAAGCACAAGAUUAGUCUUGUGAGCUGCAAAGCAUCUCAAACAUGUUCAUUUUUAGUACACAGAAUAACUGUAAGCUCCUCCCAAUAGGGGAAGUCUUUUGAAGUAGCACCUGUAGUUUUUAUUUUCUAAAAAGGAUCACCGUUCUUCUCAUAAAAUGUGUAUGAACCAAAGCAGCUAGGAGCAAUGCCGCAAAUAACCAGAAAUGACCUUUUGUUGAUACAAAUUGUAUCUCUUUUUCUCCUGAUUGUAUAGAAGCAAAUAUACAAAACUCAUCUUAAACUAUGUUUAGUACUGAAUUUUCACCAUAUUAGUGGCACUGUGUGUCACAGGAAAGUAGCCCAGGGGUCAUGAGGGAGCUUUUAUUUCCUAAGGGCAGUAGUACUUUAUAAACAAAGACAGUUUUCAAGGCCCUUUAUUGUUAGGUGCACAAAUACUGUGUGUACAAUCUGAAACAGUAUAAUUCUCUCUUUAGUCUAUUAAAUUUAAUAAUGUCCUUGCAAAAGGGAUUUUUAUAGUGUCAAUAUUAGUGAAUCAUCUGUAAGAAUCUUUAAUGGAACUGUACAACUAUGAAUGCCUAAGUCCAGCUUGGUUCUUACUUCUUAGAGAAACUUUUUUUCAAUAUCGAAGUCUACAUACUUCUUGACUUCCAUUUUGUCUAUAAUUAUAAAACAGCAAAUAAUGAAGAGCAUUGAGACCUCCUUGGCACGCUUGACAAUAAAAUCAGACUUCCUUCAUGGGGCCAAGUGUGUGUCCUCCAGGAUACUUACCUCCAAGUACUCAGCAGGGGUUAAGGCACAGUAUUUUUGUGGUUUUCAAGAAGCAGUAUAUUUUGCAAGAGGUGCUUUGUAAUUUUAAUUCAUUCACUGAUUUUCUGACCUCAUAGCAAGUCUGUGCCUGUUCAGGCCUUAGAUUUUGUAGACUUUCUGGUUUUUGUUUUCUUGUUGUGACCUUAUUAUUGUUGUUUUCAUUUCCACUUAAAGGAGAAAUGUAACCCUGGAGGGGCAUGGUCAAUCCAGGGCACCCUUUCUAUAAGACAGCUCAAAGGAAAAGGAGCCUUUUCAAAGGCAACACGGAACUAUUGAACUCACUCUUAAGGUACCAGCUAUGGAAGGGAGAAUGACAGAUGCCUUAUGGAAAUGGUCUGCAAAUCUUUUCUUCUAAAUAAUGAAAUAUAGCAUGUUUUCCCCCUCUCUCUUAUUCUCUCCACCCCUUCUAGUUUCUAAGAGACUACUUCUCUACAAUCCCUUUUUUUUCUAUUUUGGAAUAAAUAAUCUUUAUACAGCAAUUCAAUCAUUGAUAUCUAUUAACCUUUGUUACAGUUUUCUUCUAAUGUGGAAGAGUUCAUUGUGAAGAGGCUCUCAGUUAACAUUCUAUCUAUACUGUAAGUGUGGGACUUCAUACAAAUGCCCUUUUUGAGGGCCAACGAUUUCAAUACAAUUUGUUUUAUGCUGUGAAUCAGGUCUGAUUUGUGCAGGGAAAGUAAUGCCCGGCUGUCCAAAGAGCCAUGCUCAGGUCUUUCCCCAACCCCCUUCUUUUCCUUCCCCCUAGUUUGCUUCUCUUCAGGUAGGACACUGAGGAGCGCACAGUCUUCAACCAAAAUGACACUGUUGUUAGUUUUCAUUGGAAAUCAAACCAAUAUAUUUCUAGAACUUGCUUGUCUAAAGUAGUCAAUGCCUUUGCGAAGACUCAGCAUAUUUGAUAUCUACUGUAUUAUAGCUAGCUAUACACAUAGGCAGAUUGACUAUUUUUAGUCCUGGUUUGUGUAUCAUUGAGCUAUAGUAAUUUGCUUUAUCCAUUUGUGGGAUUAAACAGUACUGUUUAAUGGUUGUAAACUUUUUAUAAAACCACUUUGGGUUUCUUGUUUGACCCAAACAUAAUGUAAGUCUUAAUGACAAAAUACACAGUCACAUGAGGCGAGUGAAAAUACAGCCCCUACCCAGUUUUGUCUGGCCCUAUAAUGCAUGUGCAGUGCUUUAUAUAAUAGUCUCAGUAGCAUGGAUGUAUUAAUGACUUCUUCCUGAUGUUUUGUUUCACCUAUAAUUGUGAUGGAAAAUGCUGUGUUGUUGACAAUGAACUGUAAACAAAUUUAUUGCAUAAAUUA